CCUUGUCGCAUCUAUGAUUUAUGAUGAGAGGCGCAACAGUAUGUUUUAUCGCAUUGAAGGAGAUGAAGUCCCCCUCCUGCAUCUUGUUUAAUGAAGCCAUGUGAGACAGAUCUGCGCAUCUUUGGGGAUCAGACAUGGUGCACAAACUUCUCCUCCCCAUCGUCAUAGCAGCCAGCCUUAUCCCACCUGAGACCUGUAAUUCAACAGCAAACAUGAAAAAGACUCAAGUGAAAAACAAUUCAGGUGUGACCCCGGCUGGACAGUGUGGAACAUGGGUCAAAGAGUCUAGUGGAGGGUUCUUCACCUCCCCAAAUUACCCUGAGAAAUACCCACCUGAGAGGGAAUGUGUCUACAUUAUAGAAGCUUCACCUCGGCAGUGCAUUGACCUGUUCUUUGAUGAGAAAUACUCCAUUGAGCCAUCCUGGGAGUGUCGGUUUGACCACAUUGAAAUCCGUGAUGGGCCGUUUGGCUUCUCUCCAAUCAUUGGACGGUACUGCGGGCAGGAGAGCCCUGCUUAUAUCCGCUCCAGUGGGAGGUACCUGUACAUCAAGUUUGUGGCUGAUGGUGAACUGGAGGCCAUCGGCUUUUCAGCCCGGUAUAAUUUUACACAAGAUCCUGAGUUUGACGAAAUUGGAGAAUUGCCAGUUCUACCAGCUUGUGACUUUGAGCUAAGUGGUUCAGAGGGCUUUGUAGAAUCGAUACAGAUAAGCAAAGAAGGCAGAGCACAGCUGACUGAAGCAGUGGACUGCAGGUGGUACAUCAGAGCCCCGCCUAGAGCAAAGAUCUACAUGCGUUUUCUAGAGUAUGAAAUGCACAACUCAAACGAAUGCAAACGCAACUUUGUCGCCAUCUAUGAUGGGAGCAGUGGAGUGGAGCACCUGAGGAACAAGUUUUGCUCCACAGUGGCUAAUGAUGUCAUGCUGGUGACCUCUGUGGGUGUGGUGAGACUCUGGGCUGAUGAGGGGAGCAGGAAAAGCAGAUUUAAGAUCCUCUUCACAACUUUCCAUGAACCUCCAUGUGAGGGAGACUCCUUCUUUUGCCACAACAACAUGUGCAUCAACAAUACACUUGUCUGCAAUGGUGUCCAGAACUGUGUUUACCCAUGGGAUGAGAAUCGUUGCAAAGAAAAGAGAAAGGCCAGCAUUUUGGAUACGCUGGACAACACUAACCUCACAAUCAUUGGAGUAACCUGCGGCCUGGUUGUCAUCCUGCUCAUUAUUUCUUUCAUCAUUCAGAUCAAGCAGCCUCGCAAGAAAUAUGUCAUCCGCAGAGAUGACUUUGAUCCAGCUCUCCUACAGCCUAGUUUUGAACCCCCACACUAUGAGCUUUGUACCAUACGUCGGGCCCCUUCUGGUGACUUGACUGAUGCCGCACUGGCAGACGACUUCGAAAAGUUCCACAAAUUAAGGCGCUCAGAAAGCAAAUGCAUCCGCGACCACCACUGCGGCUCUCACCAUGGCAGCAUCCAUGGCAGCAUCCACGGUAGCCGGAGCAACCUGAGCCUGAGGGAUGCCACGAUUGCACCUGAUGGGGGGCCUACUAUACCUCCGAUGUCACCGAUGAUGGUGAAGCAAAUGUCUCCGCACGUCUCUCACCAUAACACUCCGGCAGGUCGACGGAGCAUCCUGGUCAUGAAGCAUAGCUACUCACAGGAUGCAGCAGAAGCAUACAGGGCAGAGGACGAAGAGGAUGAUUUAAUGAUGGAUGUUGGUCCAACCACCAGCCAGCACCACAUGCACCACCACCAGAUUCAUCAUGGCUCUUCAGGGUUAGACCACGUUUUCCAUCGUGCUCUGUCAAAUGACUUCUAAUUUAUUGCAAACAGGAUAGAAGUUUCAUCUCAAAUGAUUUUUUAAAAUUCAAAAAUGUAUAAAAAAAAAAAGAGGACAUUG